AUGGAGCUACUUUGGCCUGGGUUGCUUAUACUCCAGAUGUUCUGUUUUAUUAACGGCUAUCCCAACGGUGCUCCCUCCGGUGCCUGUGAGGAUAUGUUACCUCGCCACUCUGGGGUGCUGCCACAGCCUUCACCAGCACCCUACACUAUUCUCACCAAUGCCAGGGUGUUUCAGCCAGGGAAGCCCAUUACAGUGACCAUCGUUGGACCAAAAUACAGAGGAGUGCUUCUGGAAGCUCGAACAGGUGGAGGCCUCAACGCUCUGGGGACGUGGCAGCGCCCUCCUCCAGACACUAAAUUCCUUCAGUGCGCGCAUAAUCCUCGAGGUGCUGUCACUCACUCCAACACCAAUCUCAAGGGCAACAGCACUGUGUACAGCUGGAUACCACCUAACUGUGCAAGUCCUGUCUACUUCAUGGCCACCGUAGCUCAGCAACGCACAGUCUUCUGGGUUAAUAUAAGGUCCAUGGAUCUGACCAGAGGAAAAACAGGCGAUCUUGAUCUGGCAGUAGGUGCCAGCGCUGGAAUGGCUGAAGGCAAACCUCUGCUUCCCUUAGUGAUGUGUUUUCUGAUUUUAAACAUACUGGCAUGA